AUGAAUCGUUGGAUAACUAAUGUGGUGCAGCGUGGUGUUUCAGACCUUAAUCUUUACACUAAUGUUUCCAUCAAGAGUAUCAGAGUCUAUGUGCAUAUUUUUCCUGAAGAGAUGUUCUUCAGUGUUACACUAGUUAAGCUGAAACUAAGAAGUGAACGCUACGUUUAUUGGGAUAAGUCUUUCUUACCAAUGCUUAAGAGUCUUGAUAUUGACUCGGACUUGAUUCUUUUUUUUGCUGACUUUUUGGAAAUUAUUCCUUCUUUCCUUGUGCUUGAGGAAUUACGAAUACAUAAUCUGGAGUGGGAUAAGGCAGAUGUAACUGUGUCAAGUGCAAGCCUGAGAAAGCUAAGCCUCCACUGCACUAGCUGUGGAGGCUUGCUAAACCCAAGGAGUGUUUCUUUUGAUACUCCGAAUCUGCUCUCCUUUGACUACUCUGACUUAGUUGCCGAGGACUAUCCAUUAGACAUUAGUUAA